AUGAAAGCCCUUGUAAGUGUAAGAAAAAUGAGUGCUUGUAAAAUCAAAAAUUCCUCCACGCAGCCUUUACAUCUAAAAGUCCUCUUAAAAAUUUCGACAAAAAUGAGGUACCUAGUGCUCGCACUUUAUCUCUAUCUAUGUCGAACAUUAGGUGCAGAUACAGAUGAUGCUCAAGGAAUCCCACUGCAUGCACAGAUGUUGACUGGUGCACCACUGGUUUAAUACCUCCGGAAGAACCAGAAUCUUUUUGAAGUGAGGACAAAUCCAACUCCUGGUUUCAAAUACAAAAUGAUGGAUAAGGCAUUUGCAAAUGCAAAUCAGAAUUUGAAUCCAGUUGUCAACGAUGACAAUGACACCGGAGCUGACCUUCCGGAAAACUAUGAUCCCCGAAUUGUUUGGAAAAAUUGCUCGUCUUUUCACACCAUUCGAGACCAAGCAAACUGCGGCUCAUGCUGGGCAGUCUCCACUGCAGCUGCCAUUUCGGAUCGCAUUUGCAUAGCCACCAAAGGGAAAAAGCAGGUAUAUGCCUCUGAUACUGAUAUUUUGACAUGCUGUGGAGCACGAUGUGGGUUGGGGUGCAGAGGAUGGUGGCACAUAGAAGCCUGGAAAUUCUACGAAUACGAUGGAGUCGUUUCUGGAGGACCUUACCUUGGCAAGGGAUGCUGCAGCCCUUAUCCACUUCACCCUUGUGGACAACUUGGUAACGAGACCUUUUAUGGAAACUGCCGUGGAAUGGCGGACACGCCGCCAUGCAAAAGGAGAUGCCAACCUGGCUUCAGGCGAAUUUACAGAAGGGACAAGCGAUAUGGCGAGCCUGGCAGGGCUUACAGAUUGCCGAGAUCUGAGGUAAAAAUUCGAAGAGAUAUCAAGGAAAGAGGAUCGGUGGUUGCCGUAUUCGCUGUUUAUGAAGACUUCUCGCACUAUCAAUCAGGAAUUUAUAAGCACAAGGCUGGUAGGUUCACAGGUGGUUAUCAUGCAGUGAAGAUGAUAGGAUGGGGAAAGGACAAUGGUACGGAUGGCUCAUCGUCAAUUUUUGGCACGACGAUUGGAGUGAGAAUGGAUUCUUCCGUAUGA